AUGGAGAGAAACAACCUCCGCCUCCGCCGUCGCACCAAUCUGACAACGCUGUCGGAUGACGUUCUUGUCGAUCGCGCCCUCGCCUUCAUGCGCUUCCUGCAAGAGAAUAAGCCCACCAUGAAUCGAGACAAGACAAUCCUCAUGGACGAGACGGCUAUUUACUUCGAAGGCCCGCGCAAUCGUACCGUCGACGAGGUGGGGCGGCGUCAUGUCAUCAUUCGGUCGGCUGGCUUCGCCUCCAUGCGGAUCACCGCUGCGCUGGCAGUGACGGCCUCUGGGAAGAAGUUGCCCCCUUGUCUGAUCUGGGAGAGAAAGACAAGAGGUCCCCUGGAGCGCCUUGGCGGCUGCUACUGGCUGGACUGGCACUUCCCGUCCGUCACACAGUCCGAGGGCCAGUGGGUUGUGUGGGAUUCUAUGCGCGCCCACAUUGGCAAAAUCUCUAUCAAGAUGACUGUGAUCCCUGGUGGUCUCACGCCAUACUUGCAAGCGGGAGACGUCGGGAUUUUUAAAUCCUUCAAGGACAACAUGUCUGUCCUGAUCGACGCCUGGAAACGAUCUGACCAGGUUAGCUACACCCGAGGUGGGAACCCGCGACCUCCACCUAUUGAAACCAUCGUUGCUUGGGUGGCGACGGCCGACUGGUUUAUCAGUGGGCACGACGUCUACGGAGCCAGGUUCCGUCAAGCAUGGACCGGGGCUACUGGAGACGAACAAACCGCUGGAGGGUACGACAGCGGUGAAGGUUCUGUCGACGAACUGCUUGAUGCUUUUGACGAAGUAUGGAUCGAAGACCAGUCUCUGCAUUUACUGCAGCUAGCAUAA